AUGGCAGAAAAAUUGUUUGAAAUUAUUGCGCUUUACAUAGCAGGUCAAGAAGGAAAAAUGCUUAAAAAUCGACAUGUCAUGCUUUGCACUGGUUUGGUUAUGGUCCCUGCUUUAGAGAUAGAUUGCGAAUCUAUCGCGGAAAUUAAAAGCUUAAAUCAAACAUUUAACAUUCCGUCGCACAUGUUGAUCGACAGGAGAAAAGGAAUCGAGUUACCAAAAAAAAAAAACUUAAAGCAAUUAAUAAACGUGUCACCAUGUCGCGAGCGAGGUGUAAAAGCCGCGCUCUUUUGCUACACAACAUUUAUAGCAUUAAAUCUUGGGGUACUUAAGAUCGGUUCAAAUCUUAAUUCGUUGUCGAAGAUUCUUUUAGUCUUUUACCAUCAACAAAUAUUAUCUUUCCUUGUUUGUUUACUCAGCUCCACUCGUCUGAGUCGAUUGAAAACGAAAAGACUUUGCUUAUCAAUUUCCCAUCUCACAUGCGACCGAUCAUCAUUAAAACAUAAAAGCGAUUUGGCCAGCGGCAAAAGGAAAAAAGCGAACGCGAACAGAUCCCAAAAAUUAGAUCAUAAACCGCAAAAUUAA